AUGGUCAACCCUCGACGUGUACCAUGGAGCAACGAACGUGAGCUCCGGGAUCUGUACGGGAUGAUCUGGGACGAUUUCAGCGAUCUUGAAGCCAGAGCUCAGGCGGUCGCCAGGCUGUCGCUCUACGUCUCUUCCCCCUCCGCACCGGUAGCCUUCAUCCUUCUCCACUCGCUCCUCUCCCUCACGCUCCUCCCUUACCCUCCGACAUCCUCUCAAUCCAGACUGGCAUCCCGACAAGCCCACGCACUCUCUCUGAUCAGGUUCACCAACGGUCUCGUCGACCCACUCCAGACGGGUAUGCACGCUCGACCGAUGUCGCUCCUCGCUAGACAGAUCGGUCUUCCACCGGGCUUGAUCGGACUGAGGCACGAGGCUACGCACGAGGACCUGCCGAGUCUAGAAGUACUCAGAGACGGAGUCUGGAAAGCACUAGAGUACCUUCGGGUGGAGACGUUCGAACCUUUGGUCUUCUCCGAAACCAACGGAAAUGUGGGAUCGUCCCGUUCUCAAGAAAGAAGAGCGGACCUGGAAAAUCGGCUGGAUACGAUAUUUCGUAAAUACAAAAAGGUCAUGAAGAGUUACUUCAGGGAACGGACGAGCAAGAGUAUCGGAUCCGGGUCGGCUGGGGGGAAAGAGUUGAGGGUGGUCUUGAGGGAGAUUGAAGAUCUUUUUGAGAAGGCUCUCGAGGAGGAAGAUGCCGAGGUGGUCGUGGAUGUUUUGACGGUUUCUCUCUUGAAACCUGGAUGCUUGAUUCCCUCGUCAAUACGGAAGCGACCCCGAGCGAAUCGAGCGGACCCGACCAACAUCCCAGCGUUAGACCCGACUACCAUCCGUAUCUGGUCACCCGUCCUGACCGUCCUAUCAAACAUCGCUCAGACCACUCGACGGGACGACGAAAUCGAAGAUCGUAAAGAAUCCGAAGAUCCCGCUGACUUCCUCGCCGAAGCGUUGGCAAGGAAAUGUCUCCAGAUCUCCUUGAAGCCCGCUCAGUAUGGCGAGGAAACAAAGGUCGAUCAGGGAGAAUCGGCACCUCUGAAUAUGGACGAGGAUUUCAUGGUCAUCGAUGCCGGCGAUAACGAAGAGGGACAGGGUCUUACUGGAGAGUCAGAGGAGAAGGAGUCGGCGGCCAUGGAGGAACGGACGUAUAGGUUCGCCAUUCAGGUCUGGUUGGUUGCGUUAUGGACGAACGGGAUGGACGAACAGCCACAAAAGAGGGUGGGCGAGGUUGAGAUGGAUCUUGGGCUGUCAAGCUCGGCCAGGGAGGAUCUGGGAAGGACUUUGGGAGAGGGGGUUAUGAAUCAGCUGCUCAGUGGAAACGGUACAGAAACCGGCAGUGCUUUAGCAUUGUUCCACGCUCUACGGGAAUGCGAUACCGACUUCGAGACACGGACGGAGCGGAUCAUACCGGGAACGCAAGAGAUGGUGACCGAGCACGAUGCGACUAUGGAUGUCUCGUUAGACGAGAUGGAGGCUAGAUUGGCUUCAUUGCGCAACCUCAACGCAACACGAUCCAUAUCCACUUCGAAAUCGUCUUUGGAAACGCCGGCGGCCGCCCAACCGGCUGGCGAUAUGCAGAGCGCGCCGGGCUGGAAGAUGGCCGAGUCUUCGUCCUGGCGUCCCGCCCCUAUAGGUGUAUGGCAGAGCGGCAAACAGAGGCUGGGCGUAAGGGCAUGA